CACACACAGAGGGAGUCCCGACUUAGCAUGGAUUGGGGGCCAUGCCAAAGGAAGGCCUUGUGGUGGGUGCGGAGGUAUUCCCCAUCGAGAACCUAACGGUCAACGAUGGUAUCAGUAGCAAGGUGGUGGUCCGCUGGGGUGCCAGAGGCGAAAUCACGGAGAUUCUCGAGAAGGGUCAGUAUUUGGUGCACUUCGCAGAGGUUGCGUUCGGCAGUCCAAAGGUGGCAGUGUCGGGCGAGCAGCUGACGACGGAAGCGCCUGAGUUCCGGCAAGGGCAAUGGAUGCAGUUGUCGCGGGAGAUUCAGUUCAGGAGCAAACGGGUGAUGCGAGCGGGGCAGCCUGGCGUCGUGCGGGACCUGCGGGAGGACCCACUCCAGGUGUUGCUCCGCCUAGCGCCCGUGGGCGCUGUGGACGCCGGUGAUGUCUGUGUUUUUCCAUCAGAUCUGCAGCCCAUGCAGGGCCUCCCUGCUGAUUUCGCCAACUUCUGUGGACUCUUGCCGGGAGGCUUCGCCCCCGGCGAUGCUGUCUUCUCCCUGGCUGACAUAGUCGUGCAGGCACCGGAAGGCAAGUCCGUGGCAGUUGGCUACGGCGAUGUUGGCAUGGUUUUUGGAGAUCCGAUCAAUCACGAAUCGCGUCUAAAAGGUGAGCUGCUCGUUCGCUUUGAGACGCGCCAGGACAACGGCAACCCAGUUUUUCUCAGCGUGAAUCCCAGCUCAUUGUCACGCACGCAGCCAAUGGCUGCGGGCCGUCACGUGGAACUCACCAAGCCUCUCCGCUUUGCGGACGGUGCAGUUGAGAGCGGACACAUUGGAGUGGUGGUGCAGACGACGGCGGAUGGCUACGAGGGGGACGUCAUCCAGGUGCAUGACGGCUCGAAGGAGCGCAGCUUCCAGCCGGUGCCGGGCUCCUUCGCCUUGGUGAAGGAAGCCAAGCUGUCGAAGCAAGAGCUCCAGGCGCGCUUGCAGGAGCUGGAGACCUUGGCGCAGAUGAACGACCGGGCGGGCAAGACCAAGAGGAAUGUAUCCAUGCUGGAGCAGAACGUUUGGGCCGUGUGCGGCUUUGGCUCUGGUUUGAAUCUUUCCUUCCUGACCCACCAGAGCAAGUGGCCUCGGCUGGGCAGCUUGUCUGCUGACAACAAGUGUCUAACCUUAAAGCCGACGGCCAAUGAGGGCUUGGAUGGCACGCUGGGUGGAGAGAGCACUGUGCGCUUCGACCACGAGGCGCUGAUAGGCGAUGAGACACGUGUAGCUCCAUAUGCGGCGGCCAUUCGCAAUGCUGCUGAAGGCCGCAAGGUUCUCGACAUAGGCACGGGCCCCGUGUGCUUCCUGGCGCGGCUCUGCCUCCGCGCGGGCGCCGCCAGCGCCGACGCCGUGGAGAGCUCCGAGGCCUCGGUGCGGCGCGCCAAGCAGUGCUUCGAGGCCGAGGUGCAGGGCCAAAAUGGCGCGAGCUUCCUGCCGGAGUGGGCGGCGCUGGAUGUCUCUUCCUUACAAGACGGCGACGAGAUUUGCGUCACUGCGGGUGGCAGCUCGCUGCGGCUGCUGCGGGGCGUCUCCACAGAGCUGCAGCUUCCAGGAGGCUACACAAUGCUUGUGCACGAGAUCUUGGGUGAUAUGGCCGGCAACGAGGAUGCUGCACUUGUAGUGGACGACAUACGCAAGCGAGGUUUGCUGGCGUCUGACUGCAUCAUGGUACCGCGAUCUUCCUCCACUUUGCUUGCGCCCACCGGUAGCCUUGAGCGAAGUACUCUGGAGACGCUGAUCCAUCGUCUUGGGCACAACGGCGACGCCACCGUCAUGCCCCGAACCCGUUACAGUGCGCGGCGCUUCCCACCGGCGGCGCUGCUGGCUGAGCCACAGGCCAUGGAAGUCCUCGAUUUCCAGAACGGUCCGGAGCUCUUUCAACAGCGCUGCCUGGAGUUCAGGACUCAGCGGGAUGGCCAACUGGAUGGAGUGCACAUGCACUUGCAUGUGGACCUUGAUGAUGUCAACUGCAUUGACGUACUGGAUGCUCACAGCAAGCCAGACACCGAUUCAUCUUGGAACACGCUUUACCUCCGCUUGCUUGCAGAGCCGGUGGAGCUCAGCGCUGACAGCCGGGUGCUGUGCCGCUGCACUGCCGACCUGAGCCAGCGACCUGCGAGAUACACUGUGGCGCUUAGCGUGGGUGAGGAUGGAGCAGAGCGGGAGCUCUGUGAGCCUUUCGAGUGGAGCGGUGGCUGAGCGGGGAAGCUCAUGUG